UUUUUUUGGGACUUGGAAUACCGGGCAUCAGUCGAGAAAAAAAACGAAAAAAAAACAAAAAAAAACCUGCGUCCUGCCUCUUUGGAAUAUACAUGCGUCAAACCAUGGAGGUUAUAUGACACGGAUUUAUUCUUUUAUUUCCUUCAUUAUUUCUUUCACUCAUAACCACUUUAUGAUUUCACACCCCUACACACACACACACACCUCCACACACACACACACACACACACAUUCCACGUUGAAUUUCUCCUUAUUUCUUUGGAUGAUUUUCUUCCAUGGGAUGCCUCGGCGCGCAGGAGAAGAGCCCGGAAUGAAUGAAUGAAUGAGCACCAGUCUCUCCCUCUCUCUCUCUCGCCCCCCCACCCGAGACGUGCCAUGGAUGAGAAACUUAAUUUGGAUCCACGGAACCGAUCGGGGAUGACUCGUUCCAUCAAAUAACUACUUCUGACAGCGAUCAGGACGAAUGUCAUAGGAUGACCACUGCUGGUGGGGUGCAUCUGUCUGUGCUGUCCUCUCUCCUGGCCGCGCUGGGGGCCCUGGCCGCUGUGUCCGCCCUGGCCGUGGCUCCGCUCCCCACCCUGGCCAACCUUGCCUACGGGGCUGCCGACGUCACCCCGGGCACCGGGGUAACGGCAGCCCCGUCGCCCUCGCCGUGCUCCAGCCUGGUCGCCGGGGUGCUCUAUGGCUCUUUCUCCCUACGGGAGCUUUUCCCCUCCAGGGCUCCAGGUUGCUCCUGGUCCCUAGAAAACCCGGACCCCACCAAGUACUCCCUCUACCUCCGCUUCAACCGCCAGCCGUCCAUCUGCCGGACUCACUCCCCCAUGCUGCUGUCCCUGGAUCACCACCUGGCCAAUCAGAGCUGCCCGCUUCACUUGGAGACGGCGUCCGAGCGGGAUCAGGAGGUGGUAGAUCUCUGCAGUAGCCCGUCCGGUGCGGACGCCCCCUACUCCUUCCUGCAGUUCGAUAAGAACUUUGUCCAGCUGUGUCUUACCAGGCACCCGGCCGCAGACGAGCCUCGGCUGUCCAAGGAUUUACUGGAGACCAGACUAGUGGAGGUGCUACUCAUCAACAACGAGAACUCCAGUCAGUUCACCUGCGGCGUGCUCUGUAAAUGGUUCGAGGAGUGUUUUCGGAGCGGGGACCGUGGAGACGAGGGUGUUCUGACCCGAGAUGGCUGUGGUCUGACCCAAACAGGCUGCAUAUGCCCAAACCAUAACAUCAUGCCGCCUUCCGUCCCGCUGCUCCCGGAGACGCCCCACACUUUCAGCAACGGAUCGACGGUUCCCGACGACUGCUGUGUCACGGAGCUGCAUUCCAACGACGCCAUCGCCAUCGCACCCAGAGACGUCAGAGAAGACCCGUACGACGACGACGACCUGAAGGUGAAGACGCAAAGACCAAGAUCAGCUGACCAGCCAGGUGUGUUUCAGGCACAAACAGGCGACCCAGCGGCCGAGGAGUGGUCCCAGUGGAGCGUGUGUUCCCUCACAUGUGGCCACGGCUGGCAAGUGAGGACGCGCUCGUGUGUUUCCUCUCCUUACGGGACACUGUGCAGCGGCGCCCUGCGAGAGACGCGCAUGUGCAACAAUACAGCUUCCUGUCCGGGCGAACCAGGGAUCAUAAGCUCAGUGCAUGGGCUGUGGGACGAGUGGUCCUCGUGGAGUCUGUGCUCCGCGACCUGUGGGCGGGGCUCCAGGACUCGGACCCGGAAGUGUGUGAAGGAAGGCGGGGCGGUGCCCUGCGGCUGGCCCGAGACACAGACCAAGCUCUGCAACAUAGCCGUGUGUCCCGUGGAGGGCAAGUGGUUGGAGUGGGGCCCCUGGUCAAGAUGCAGCGUCUCCUGCAACACGGGCACCCAGCAGCGGCAGAGACGCUGCAGCGCCUCCGUGCACGGCUGGGCCGAGUGCAAGGGCCCCCAUCAGGAGAGCAGAGAGUGCAGCAACCCUUCAUGCACCGGAGGGGGCAACUGGGGCGGCUGGAGCCACUGGAGCCUCUGCAGCAAGACCUGCGACUCGGGCUGGCAGCGGCGCUCCAGGGUGUGCGAGGGCCAGGGGGCCCAGGGGUACCCCUGCGAGGGUUCGGCGGAGGAGGUCCGCUCCUGUAACGAGAAGAAAUGCCCCGCUCCUCACGAGAUCUGCAAGGAGGAGAACCUCCUGAGCAUAACGUGGAAGAGAGCCUCUGCUGGAGAAAGUGUUUACAACAAGUGUCCAACAAACGCUACUGGAUCUGCUAGUCGUCGUUGCCUGCUGGACAAUAAUGGAGUUGCUUUCUGGGGUCCUCCGAGCUUCGCCAGAUGCAUCUCACUUGAAUAUCGAUAUUUGCACAUAUCUUUACGAGAGCAUCUCGCGAAGGGUCAGAGGACCCUGGCCGGGGAGGGCAUGUCUCAGAUCGUAAGAAGUCUCCUGGAGCUCUUGCAGGGGAGGAGCUACUACAGUGGCGACCUUCUCUUUUCCACGGAGAUCUUGCGAAAUGUGACGGACACCUUCAAAAGAGCAACCUACAUCCCAGCUCCUGACGACGUGCAGAAAUUCUUCCAGAUAAUCAGCCUGAUGUUGGACAUGGAAAACCUCGACAAGUGGGAGGAUGUGCAUCAGGUCGCUCCCGGCGCUGCCUUGCUGAUGAGAACUCUGGAAGAUUUCAUCCAUCUCAUCGGCGAGGCCCAAAAGCCUUUUCAGAGUUUCCUGGUGGUGACCAACAACCUGAUGAUAACCAUCCAGCGAGAGCCUGUGUCAGCAGUUUCCAGCGAUAUUAACUUCCCCAUGAAGGGCCGCAGGGGGAUGAAGGACUGGGCCAGGACAGCCGAGGACAAGCUCUACAUACCCAAGGAGGUCUUCACCGUCCCAAAUGAAGAGGCGGAGACGGACUCGGAGGCGACCAUGUACUACGUCAUCGGCGCCAUCUUGUAUCGAACCUUGGGCGCCAUUUUGCCGCCACCAAGCCAACCGGCCGUCAUCAACUCCAAGAUCCUGACGGUGACGAUCCGACCCGAGCUGCAGCCCAGGGAUCCCGUGGUGGUGGUGGAGCUCGCCACGCUUUUCAACGGCACAUCCGAUCCUCAGUGCGUGGUGUGGGACUACAGCAACCCGGAAGCUGGCGCCGAGAACUGGGGCACAGAAGGCUGCCAAACGCUGGCAUCGAGCAGCGUCCAAAGCAAAUGCGUGUGCAGCAGGAUAUCCACCUACGCCGUGCUCGCGCAGCAAGCUAAGGAGCCGGAAAUGGGUCCCACCAGCAUGCCCUCGGUGCCCCUCAUGGUGGGCUGCGGGGUCUCCUGCACCGCUCUCCUCAUCCUGCUUCUUAUCUACGCCGCCUUCUGGAGGUACAUCCGCUCGGAGAGGUCCAUCAUCUUGGUGAAUUUCUGCCUCUCCAUCCUGGCCUCAAAUUUACUGAUUUUGGUGGGACAAUCACAAACGCUCAGCAAGGGCCUGUGUGCCGUGACUGCUGCCUUUCUCCAUUUCUUCUUCCUGGCCUCCUUCUGCUGGGUGCUGACGGAGGCUUGGCAGUCCUACCUGGCGGUCAUCGGCAAAGUGAGGUCACGACUCAUUCGCAAGCGCUUUCUGUGCCUCGGCUGGGGUCUUCCAGCCUUGGUUGUGGCAGUGUCAGUCGGCUUCACCAGAGCUAGAGGCUACGGCACAGCAAGCUACUGCUGGUUAUCCCUGGAGGGAGGUCUGCUUUAUGCUUUUGUUGGACCUGCAGCUGUCAUAGUCUUGGUGAACAUGCUCAUUGGAAUCGUGGUGUUCAACAAGCUCAUGUCUCGGGAUGGCAUCUCAGACAAGUCGAAGAAGCAGCGAGCGGGUGUCCCGGUGGAGGCGCGUAGCCGACUGCUGCUGAAAUGCUCCAAGUGUGGCGUGAUCUCGAGCACCGCUAUGUCCAGCUCUACUGCCAGCAGCGCCAUGGCCUCUCUGUGGAGCUCCUGCGUGGUUCUUCCCCUGCUGGCCCUCACCUGGAUGUCAGCAGUGUUGGCCAUAACGGACCGCCGCUCCACACUUUUCCAGGUCCUCUUUGCCGUUUUUGACUCGGUCCAAGGUUUUGUCAUCAUCACCGUGCACUGCGCCAUGCGGCGAGAGGUGCAGGAUGCCAUGCGCUGUCGGAUGGGCGGGUGCAAAGACGACAGCGAAAACUCCCCGGACUCCUGCAAGAACGGACAGGUGCAGAUCAUGACCGACUUUGAGAAGGACGUGGACCUGGCGUGCCAAACAGAGAGAGGACAUCCAUUCAUUUUCAAGGAGGUGAACACGUGUAACCCGGCCACCAUCACAGGCACCUUGUCCCGGAUAUCCCUGGAUGACGACGACGACCCCAAACUCACAGCCCAUCAGGACGGCGGAGUCAACUUCAGCUCUCUCCCUGGCAACAUCCCGCCUCCCAACCUCAUCGUGCAGGUUCCACCGCUCGGAGGUCUCAACGAGCUGAGCGAGACAAAGAAGGAGGUGAACGUGGACCAGCAGAGGCAGCAGCAGCGUUGCGGCGCCCCCAUCUACCUGUGCACCGAGAGUGGCCUCGGGUGGGCUCGGCCGCCCGCCUCCUCCAACACCUCCCAGGAUGGGAGCGCCGGGAGCGGGGGGAGUGGCGGAGGUGGCGGCAGCGGUGGAGAGGGGGACUACAUGGUCCUGCCUCGACGGACAGUCAGCAUCAAGCCUCCAACGCCGUCUUCCCAAGGAAUGGGCCUGGGACUGGGAGGAGAGGACAAGCCUCUCAACAUCGCAGUGGAGGACCCCCCCUUCCCGCCUCCCCCCUCGCCGCUGACCCUCCAUCCCGCCGAGAGCGAAGCCUACCCGGCGGAUUUUGUGCCGUCCAGCGUGGGCGACAUGAACAUCAGCAUGAACCUCAACCGCUCGUACGGGACAAUCAAAACGCUGCCGCACGGACACGGCCACAUGAUGGCACAGGCGGGCGGUCUGGUGCGCUCCCACGGGGGCCACGUGCACCCGCAUUCGCUGCAGCUGAAGCCGGGCCAGAGACCAUCAGUGAGACAGAUUCUCACAGGGGGGAGCACGGUGGAGAGAACCAGGACCCUGCCGCGCAACCUGGGCAGCAACAAUGCCAGCGCCGGCCUCUCUGCAGGAUCCUUGGAGAGGAAAAGAGUACGAUACUCUGAGCUGGACUUUGAGAAAGUGAUGCACACUCGCAAAAGACACUCUGAGCUGUACCAUGAGCUCAACCACUCCUCCAAGUUCCACACCAUAGACAGGUAUAGCAGGGACCCGGCCAUGUCCACCUUCAAGGACAAGUCAACCCCGGACGAGCGGACCUCGUGGGACAGCUUCAAGACCAUGACCCCUGAGCUGACCAUCGUGCCGGGCGAGCAGAAAGACCGCAUGGAGCUGCACAAUAAGAACUGGGACUCGUCCUCCGCAAACACGCCAGACUCCUCCGAGGGUGACUUCCAGACUGAAGUGUGAGAACACCCCCUUGUACACGCACACACACACACACACACACACACACACACACACACACACACACAUACUCGGACUUGUGGGGGAAAAAAAAGAUGGACUUGACACGCACGUGAGAAGAUGGCACGCACACACACGAGCGUGCGCGUGUUCCCGAUGGAUCCCGGGCUCACUUUGUAAAAUGGACACGGAGGAGAAGACUGUUCUAAACUAUAUUUUCACAGAGACUAUUCAAAAGAAAGAACAGAAACUUGGCACGGCGGACGCCAUUUUUAAGUCGACUAUGUAUUUCAGAGAAAACGUUUAUCGCGGCCUACAAAAUUUCCACAGAAAAAAAAAAAAAAAGUUUGAUGAUUUGCAGAAGAGUGAAGAAAAGAUGUUGUUUUUUUUAUAUAGCAAAGGAAGGGGAAGAAAUGUCUCACUGUUUGCAAGCACUUUGCUUUCAUUUCUUUCCUCGACCCCUCCAAUGGACGCCCCACUCAACCUCGCCCUCUUUUUUUCCUUACGUUUAUAUUGUCUUUGAUUUAUUUUUCCCCUUCAUUUGGGACGCCUGCGAACAAGCUGCUCACUAACAUGUGCCAUCCUCUUCCUAUUCAGGUCCCACUCCCCCUACAAGUCCCCCGUCUCACACAUGCGCAGUGUUUAACAUUGUAUUCCACAUUUUCUGUCUUUUUCUAUGGCUUAAUUAAAAAAAAAAAAGAAGUCCUCCCAUAUGGUUUGAAACUUUUAAUGAAAAAUGAUUGAAACAAGCGACCGAGCGAGUUGUGUUCUGUGCUCAAACCGCUCGAGCGGAAUUAAGCUAUUUUUCACACGCUUUUCAUUAUUAUUUUUUUGGUGGUUGUUUCAUUUCCUGCGAGAAUUAACCCAUGUGGAAGUGCUUUGGGGAAAAAAAAUGUAAUUUAGGACACAUACUGCAGAUUAACGUGAGCUCGCCCGCUCAGAUAAUACGUCUGACAUGCCGGGCGUCCAUUAGGAAAAAGCAAGGAUUAUGAUAUUCUUCUGCAUCAGCCUGAUGGAAUAUUAAGCACAAUAACAAGGCAAGUUUAUUCAUGGAGCAGAAUUGUUUUGAGGUGAUGUUAUUGAUGUCAUGUGCUUUUAUUACCCAUAGACGUCUAACCAGAGAGAGGGUGUUGAGAUGACUAACAUUGGAUCCGGUCCAUGCGGUGACAAAGUGAGUAGUAUCAGUGUACACGUAGAACAAGAGGGGCUCCAGAAUUGACCCCUGGGGAACACCCGUCGCCAUUUGUUCGAUGACACAGUUUGCAUUUCCAACAAGGUACACCCUGUGAUAUACUAUAUAAUAACAUGCUUUUAACCGGGGUGUCCAAAGUGCGGCCCGGAGGCCAUUUUUGGCGCGCAGAAUGUUGUCUAGAUGGCUCCAGCGACGAUGGAUGGAUGAAAUCAAACAGUUAAAAUGUAGGGGGGGAAAAAAAUUUUUUUUGAUACUAUCUCAAAAUAACAUGUUUUGCUACUCAUAACAACGUUGUCUUUUUUUGUUAAAUAUGUUUUUACAAAAUAAAGAAAUAUCGAAAAACGUGGUGGAAAACGUUUGGACACCUCCGGUUUAGUGUGUCACUUGGGUGCACGCGCCAUUCACAUCGAUUCACAUCCAAACUGCGAUUCUAAUUCAUCCCGAUUCUUAAUUCAUAAAAGUAAAAAAAAUUGUUGCGUGUAUACG